GUUUGCCAACUAUUCGGAUGUCAGGCUUAUUUCUACAGCGCUUCGAAAUUGAUAGCACGACGAUAGGUAGUAAGGAGAUUGACUGGCAUAUCAGGAUGGGCAAAGAAUGAAGGAAGUGGCUGGUCUUGUUCGGCAGUUGAAAUUCUUCCUUACCUGAGCUCUGGUUCGGCCUCGUUCUAGCUUUGAUAGAUAAUUUGAAUUUCGGAAGAGGAAAAUUGUUACGACCGAAUACUCGACCUUGAGUCAACUAGAUGUCAAUUGGUCGAUAGUUAUUAUCAGCCAGUGGGUUCUGAAGGAGAUAUAUCUUGAUCGUGCUAAACGGAGACAGCUCGCUGAUUAGAUAAUAUUGCACGAUAGCUUUCGCACUAGCGCAUUAGUUACUACCUAAAAUGGAUGUCACAUUGUCGGAGCUCCUGGAGACCUUUAAAGUGCGGGCUCCCUUGCUUAACCUGCCGUUUCUUCGAUCUACUACAUCUUUAAACAUCUUUUACCCUGCGAGAUUCAAUGCACAUACUCUGACCAAGCUUCAAGCUGCCAUCGAGAAGGAUUCGGAGACUGACCUUACAGUAAAAUUACCGUUGAGGUAUUCUGCUCAUUUGAGUAGUAUAUGUCAAAAUGCCCAUGCUGAUCCAGAGAAUGCGACCGUAAUUAAAGGCCACCGAGAAGAUGAUAUUUACGCCUCUAUUUGCUCAAUAGACUUAGCUGAGAUUGUUUUUCCUCUAUUAGAUAUGUCACAUUAUCUUGCGCAGCGAUUAAUUAAUCUUAUAGAUAUUAGCAAGGUUGUCUGGAAGGGUUUCUUUGCCCGUAAGAAAAUGGUCUUGAGCUGUGGUUAUAAUAUUAUUUUCAAAGCUCACAAACCGAGUAUAGCCGCACCAAAACCUCUUGACUUGACUACCUUGGCUGAGCUUAUAUUAAUUAUGAAUAACUUAAGGUAUUUGCCGUAUGAUAUAGGCACAUUCUUUGGAGGAGCUGGUAGUGAAGUCUUUGCUGAUUUGCUUCGUCAGCUAUUCCCUUCUACUUAUUCACCUUUACCUGUAAUUAUUUCUAUGCAUGGAGACUUACGCCCCAAAAAUAUUACUAUGAAUGGCUUCUAUCCCGAAUAUUAUGAAGCAAUCAGGUGCACGAAAUGCAUGGCGCCCUAUGAAGAGAAUGAUUGGUUCCUAUUCAUACCUGAUUGCAUUUCACCAAGAAGGUACAUGCAUUGGUGGCUUUUUGACCGGGCUCGACAAGUGAGAGUAAUAUAG